CACAUACACACUCUCUCUUUCCUCUCCUUUUCUUCCACCGCUUGCAGCUUCAGACAUUUGGGGAAUCCUGAAACGAGUUGUUCCCGCAAUUGCCAACUUAGCGUAGGCUCAAUCUGAAUGAACAGAGGAAACAGAAAGAGGCAGUUUCACUAAGACCGCUGAUAUUCCUGCCCUCCCACGUUCGCUCCUUCAUGUCUUUUGUUGUGGACACUGGCUGCGCUGGUUGGACACCGUGAGACCCUCUCAGAGGCUUUUUGAUUAUGGACAUAGAGACACUGUAGAGCCCUUCACACUGCAUGUACUCUCGACUUGCUGAUGGAAGUUGUGCGGCAGGACUGAUCGUCGAGCCAGAUCAACGGGACAUUCGCUAUUGGGGAGUGGCAGAAGAGUCGCUGUCUCCUCCCACGGGCCCCGUCCCCAUGGACCUGCGUGUGGGCGAGCGUCUGGUGCGUCCGGGUUCGGACACGGCCUUCCUGUCCCCUCUGCACCCCCCUCUGCUGAUCGGGCCCUUCAGCGCCCAGCACUGUUCCCAGUACAGCCAGUCGCAGCUGCAGCACAUACAGCAGUAUAAUAUGGAGCAGCAUCUACGAGACCAGGAACAAGCGAAACAACAGCUACAGCAACUCAAACACAAGGACAAGAGUCAACAGAGUGCUGUGGCCAGUGCGUUGGUGAAGCAGAAACUGGCGCAAGUGAUUCUGAAGAAACAGAAGCAAGCGGUCCUGGAGAGGACGAACUCCAACCCCCUGAGCACCGCAUCGGUGGCCUACCGGGAGUUGGUUCCAGAUCCCAGCGCUCCCCUACAGUCGCUCCUGCCCUCCACCAAACCAGCCCUCAUAGAAGGAUGCGACGAACCGACGAACCUGAGACGAGCACGGUCAGAGCCCAACCUGAAGGUGAAGCACAAGUUAAAGAAGCACCUGAACACCCGGAAGAGUCCGCUGACCCGCAAAGAGAGCGCGCCGCCCACCGUCAAGCACCGCGGCCCUGACGCGCUUGACUCGUCGCCCAGCAGCAGCAGCACUCCAGUGUCGGGCUGCAGCUCCCCGAACGACAGCCUGCCCAAUGAGAACGGGGCGCUGCCCGCGGCCGCCAGCCUGUGCCAUGAGGCUCAAAGGUUGCUUUUGCAGGACGGGUCUCUCGCUCACUUCACAGUGCAGGAUCCGUCCAGUCUGCCCACCAUCACGUUAGGCCUCCCCGCCAACACCAAGGCGGAGAGCGAGAUGGGCUCACUGAAGCUGGGUCGUGUGCCGGUGGGACCGGGCGCUUCUCCGCUGCUGGUUCCUCUGGGUGUGGAGGAGCAGACGGGACAGCUCAUGCAGCCCGUGCUCAUCCUGGAGCCCUCUGGACUCGUGCACGCCCCGAUGCUGGCCGUUCCAGGUCUGGGUCCCGUUCCUCUGCAGUUCAGCGCGUCUGGUCCUCAUAAGCCUCUGAGCCGCACGCGCUCGGAGCCGCUGCCCCAGAGUCCCCGGGCCCUCCACCCGCACCCUCACCUGCUCCAGCACAGCGCUCUGGUCCUCGAGAGGCUCAAACAGCAGACGCACCUGGGCAAGCUCAUGUCGAAGUCCAGCGAGAAGCCUCGUCUGCGGCAGAUCCCGUCGGAGGACAUGGACUCAGAGGAGGGGGGGCCGUCAGCGGGGGACGCGCACCAGGGCCGGAUCAGGGUCGAGUCACAGCGAGAGAUGGAGAACCAGGAGGAGCACAUCAACCUGCAGCACACACUCAUCCUCAACCAGUCACGUCUGUGGGAAACGCAAAAACAACUCCAGCAACUGCGCAGACAGACGGCCCACAUGGAGACGCUGACGGUACCCAUGAUGCUCGGCGGCAUGCACCGGCCGCUGUCCCGCACGCAGUCGUCUCCCGCCUCCACCUCGCUGACGCUGCCGGACAAAACCUUGCCUCUGUCCUCGACCACGGAGCCGUCCCAGAGCCAACCGCGCUUCACCACGGGUCUGGUGUACGACUCCCAGAUGCUGAAGCACCAGUGCACGUGCGGAGACAACAGCAGCCACCCUGAGCAUGCUGGGAGAAUCCAGAGCAUCUGGUCCCGCCUGCAGGAGAGGGGCCUCAGGGGCCAGUGCGAGAGUAUUCGAGGAAGAAAAGCCACCCUUGAAGAGUUACAGUCUGUCCAUACGGAGCGACACGUCCUGCUGUACGGCACCAAUCCACUGAACCGCCUCAAACUGGACAAUCGCAAACUGGCCGGCAUACUGUCACAGCGGAUGUUCGUCAUGCUGCCCUGCGGGGGAGUCGGGGUGGACAACGACACUAUCUGGAACGAGAUGCACACCUCCACAGCGUCCCGCAUGGCGGCCGGGAGCGUGACCGAGCUGGCCUUCAGAGUGGCCAAAGGAGAGCUCAAGAACGGCUUUGCUGUGGUUAGGCCACCGGGACAUCACGCAGACCCGUCAAACCCCAUGGGUUUUUGUUUCUUCAACUCUGUGGCGAUCGCUGCCAAGCAGCUCCAGCAGAAACUCAGUGCCAGUAAAAUACUCAUCGUCGACUGGGACGUUCACCAUGGCAACGGCACCCAGGAAAUCUUCUACAAUGACCCCAGCGUCCUCUACAUCUCCCUCCAUCGCUACGACAAUGGAAACUUCUUCCCCGGAAGUGGUGGGCCGGCAGAGGUGGGUUCUGGUGCCGGUGAGGGUUUCAACGUUAAUGUGGCGUGGACCGGUGGACUGGAUCCUCCCAUGGGUGACGCAGAGUACCUGGCUGCCUUCAGGACGGUGGUGAUGCCAAUUGCUCAGGAGUUUUCCCCAGACGUGGUGUUGGUCUCUUCAGGGUUUGAUGCCGCAGAAGGACAUCCCGCUCCUUUAGGAGGAUACAAAGUCACUGCGAAAUGUUUUGGGAUUUUGACUCGGCAGCUGAUGACGUUAGCAGGAGGACGCGUGGUUCUGGCAUUAGAGGGAGGUCACGACCUCACAGCCAUAUGUGAUGCAUCUGAGGCCUGUGUCAGCGCCCUGCUGGGCCUAGAGGAUUCUCUUCCCGAGUCGACUCUGCUGCAGACGCCCAAUGCCAACGGAGUGCUUUCACUGCAGAGAGUCCUGCAAAUACAGAGUCAGUAUUGGUCGUCACUCAAGCCGUUGGCGGGCACAGUGGGUAUGUCGUUUCUGGGUGCCCAGAGGAAAGACUGUGAGGAAACAGACACCGUCAAUGCCAUGGCGUCCCUCUCCGUGGGGGUCUUGACCAGCAAAAGCCUUGCUGAUGAACCCAUGGAGCACGACGACGACUCCCUUUAAACCAGGUCUUUACUCGUCUGAAAAACUGUCCAGUACCAAACGCCGCUCCACAUGACGUGAACGAGCCGUGCCUCAGACCAGCAGUGCCUCAGGGGGCGUGGCUUCCUCAUCAUGGCCCCUCCCCCAAGACGCCACCUCAACACUGACCACCAGCGCAGCGCGGCUAAGCUAACAACACAGCUACAGUUCGGCUGGGACUCUGGGAUCCACUUCAUCGUCUCCAUUCAAGAAUCAUGCAAACAAUCACACUAGAACGCAUGAGGCCUCUUCGUGCGUUAGUGUGUUUGUAACGUUCUCUAAAAGGACGCGCUCGCGAAGUCGCAAAUAUUCACCUCUGGUGCCUCAAAAGAGACUAUUUACUUUAGCUGGAGAUGCGAAACCAGAUUUGUGGGAACAGUUGAGGAUUAUUUAACCUUUUUUAAAGGCAGCCCUCUUUAAUACCCCUGACAAGUGAACUAUUGAAGUGCUGAGAGAAAAUAAGGGGUUUCCUUGCACCUGGCAACCGCAAAGUGGCUCCACUCUAUGAUGUCAUUACUAUUAACCAAUUUAACCACUAAAGAAGGAGAAGAAGAAAUAACGAUCUCGACAACUGUGGGUUUUAUAAAUCUUAAUUUUUUUUGCACUGUGCAUUCCAUAAUGUGAAAUUUUCCAAACUUCUGGGAAAAGAAAGAUCUAAUUCUGUAUCUAGUUUGACGCUUAACAUUCUUUUAAAGUGAAGCAAAAAAACAAACAAACAGUUGCAUUCUUUGUCAAGUUCAGAUUACAUUCGACCUGCAUUCCCAGCCCGAAAGCCGUAAACCUGAAAACUUCAAGAUACUUCUUUGUACUGAUUCUGUACAUCUGAUGUUUUUAAAGGCCAGAGGGACUAUUAGCAAGUUUAUUGCACACACACACACACACACACCUAGCCAAAACACACACAUAUAUGUCCAUAUGUCGCAUCCAAAUGACCACUGUACAUUUAAUAUCGUGGACACAGGAAGUGCUUACACUCUCCCUAGACUAACUAUAACGCAAAGUAGAUCAGUCUCUCUUUAGACCAAACUAAUAUGAGUAUGAUUUGUAUAUGUGUGUGUCCAUGUGUAUCUAUCAGUCAUAUAUUUAGUCUGUUCUGUAUUUACAACCAAACCUCAAUUGACCACAAGCAAAAACGCAAAACGACAAUUGAAUGGGCUCUCGAAGCCACUUUAACGUUAAAUCAAUUCUCUGUAUUUUUCAUUGAUCUUUGUUGUUUUGGACAAGGGAAACAUCCAGCCUUUUAACCUGUGGAGGAGACGUUUCUAAAGUGUUUGUGCAUUUAAUGAGUUUACUUCAUUGCUGUGCACUUCUUUUUCUUUCUUUUUUUUUACGAGGGAUGCAUUGUUUUUGGAUGGCGUUCUGUUUUCCACAGCCUGCAUAUAGAUGUAUAAUUCACACCAGUUGUGUGGAUGAACUUUAUAGUGAUAUUAAAUAUGUCUCUCGGCCGCUGGGAUUCACAUUUACGCCAUCUUCAAUGAACCAAAAUGAACAUCACACCAACCGUUGACUGAAGCGGACAGACUCUUCGAAUGCUGUGCCACUCAUCAGCACAUUCGGUUUAACACUUAUUUAGCCUUUCAAAACAAAUGUUUUGCCCAAAAUAUGGUUGGCUACAUUCUAGUUGCGUAAUCCUACCAGGUCAAACCACCGAGAAUAAUGCGCUGUAAGUUAUCUUCCACAUGCUGUAUCAAUAUCUCACGGUUAAAGUCUGGAUGGUCGGCUAGCGGGACUGGCAGAACAGCUCAUGGUGCUUGUUUGACUUUUGCGUUGUGCUUUCGGGGUGAUGAACGCACCCUACGACUUGAUUUCAAGUGUCGGAUUUGUUCCGUUAUUCAGCAUGACUUGGAUGACAAUGACCAAAUCUUAUCUUUUUUGAGUCUGCACAACCAUUUACCUCUGUAUUUACAACCAAAAUACAGCGUUAACAUGCUUUCUUGCGUUCACUACAAGAAACAAUCGUGACCUGACAAAUUGCUGUUAUUGUGUAAUAAAAUAGAGGCAUUCCUAUAAAGAUUUCCACAAUGCUGCAGCUGCACCUGCCCGACCAACGAGUCUUUACUUCCUCCCUCUUUUGCCUCGUACCAAACCACUGUGGAUAGUUAUGCGCUUGUAUGAUUCCAUGUAAAUAGCACCAACCUCCCGUUUAUCGAUGUUUUGUGUUCAUAUGGCUGUUUUCAUGAAGACCCUGGGUAGCCUUUGCCCAUCAGACCCCCAUGAAGACUGUUGUAAAAUAGAGCGUAAUGAAGUCAUAGCUAAUCUCUAAACUAGCAGCAAUCUUGCUGCAUAUUUAUAGUACUUCAAACGGUGCACUUGCAUAUUACCAUCCACAAAACACACCUGUUCACCUUCAACGUUUGAUAAAAACCAGAAAUCGCCUGAUUGCGACUAAAUUCGACAGCACGCACUUAGUGAAAGUUUCGCCGUGUCGUUUCGAACCGCGAAUACAAACAGAUCUCGACAUUCCCUGGCAGUUUCGGACACUGCUAUGCGUCUUAUAUACAGUUAUAUUCCAGUGGUGUAUUUUUACAAUAGCUUUGUGCAUUUUUACUGUUUCGAUAUACCUCUCAAAGCGUUUGUAUUCUCUCGUCUCUCCGAACCCUUUAUGAAGUAAAAUGGAGAGCGUGUGCUGUUGUCUUCACUCCUGUAAAAGCAAACCAGCGCCGUCUUAAUUCCUCUCUCAUUUAUUUCCCUUCUCCUUGUUGUAUGGACGAUGUAAAUAGUUACCAGUACCACCAGAGAGACUUCACCGAUGUGCCUUGAAGUACUUCACCUGUCGACCCCACUAACUGGAUCUGUUUAACAAAGAAUAACAGAAAUUAUGUUUUCGAAUCUUCCUGUGCUUAACGAUUCCCUUGUUAAUUUCAGACUUCUUUUAUUUCUCUGUGUAUAGAAAAGAAUGUCUAUUUUGUACUGUUUCUAUCUUCCUAAUUAAAAUGAAAGCAUUUUUUUUUCUUUUGCCUGAA